AUGGAGGACUUGGCUCUCGAAUGGAUAACUCACUGUGACACGGCGCAACCGGAUCCAACAACUUAUCCGCAAUUCAGGGGAACUACUAUGAAUAUUAUGGCGGUAGAUGGAACCCAACCCGUCAUGAUAAAUGCCGCACGAAAGUGGGACAGUGAAAAAAGCAACUACAGUUUUUAUGUAGACAAUUGCAGGGGCAUUUUCCAUCAUUACAAAAAGAGAUUACAAUCCCUACCUCAGGCCCUACAUACAAGGUCGAAGUUGCGGCCGAUGCCCCCGCGGAUCUAA